AGUGCUUUUGUUUUUGUGUUCUUUCUUCUUCUUUUGCAUUGGAAACUUUAAAAGUUUUUUUUUUUUCAGUUAAUUUUGUAACGAAAUUUUAGUUUUUAAUAAUUUUGCUAUAAAAGUUAAAUGUUUUCAGUUUUAACUGGUUUUUAUUUAACGUUUUUCUUUAAAUUUAGUCGUUCUUAGAUUGCUACUUAGUAUGAUGAUUGGUGAUCAUAUUUGGUCUCUCAGUUUUUUACUCUCUCAACUUUCUAAUACAUGUCACUAUAAAUUUUACUGCGUCUAUUGUUUACAUCACGUGAGAGUAACUUGGUUUUAUAAAUCCGUAUUUUUGUUUUACCUUUUUUACUGGUUUUAGCCGUCGUUCGGUUACUACUUAGCACGGUUUUGCACGCACCCAAUUAAAAUAGAUAACUUGUUCCCUCCCUACUCCCUAGUGACUACACAGGAUAAAAUAUGAUUCUGAUAACUGGCAAUCGUCUGUUGUUAAUAACUUCACUUGUUAAGUGUUUUACUACCUCAGAAGAUUGCAAUUUGCAAUGUCUCAGCAAAAGCUAACCGCACCCUACGGCUCCUGGUCAUCUCCGAUCACCUCCGACGUUGUUUCCGGCGCCGGCAAGACUCUCUGUGGAACCGCCGUUGACUCUUUCGGUCGCUUAUUGUGGCUUGAAUCACGCCCUACUGAAUCAGGACGAUCAGUUGUUGUUAAAGGAGGUGAUGAUGAAGCUACUGACAUAACGCCAAAGGAGUUCUCAGUGCGCACACUUGCUAAUGAAUAUGGUGGUGGUGAUUUCUCGGUGUCUGGAGAUACUGUUUUCUUCUCGAAUUAUGAUGAUCAGAGGCUCUACAUGCAAUCCAUUGGUUCUAAAGCAGAAUCACCACCACCUGUGGCACUUUCCCCUGAUUUUGGUGGACCACUAGUAGCCUAUGCUGAUGGAGUAUUCGAUAAAAGGUUUAACCGCUAUAUCACCGUUCGCGAAGAUCGACGCGAAAGUGUCUCAACCUCUGUCACAACUAUUGUAGCAGUUGAACUCGAUGAGAGCGUUAUUCAAGAUCCAAAGGUGUUAAUCAGUGGAAAUGAUUUCUACGCGUUCCCCAGAUUAGAUAAUGACGGAAAACGGAUAGCUUGGAUUGAAUGGAGCCACCCUAACAUGCCAUGGGAUAGAUCCCAACUUUGGGUCGGUUACAUUUCUGAUAACGGAGACGUAUACAAACGUGUAUGUGUGGCGGGGGCUGACCCUACCAUCGUUGAAUCUCCAACUGAGCCAAAGUGGUCAUCUGAAGGAGAAUUGUUCUUUAUCACUGAUAGAAAUAUUGGAUUUUGGAAUCUUCACAAAUGGGUUGAAGCGGAUAACAAGGUGGUGCCUGUAUAUUCAUUGGAGGCUGAAUUUACAAGACCGUCGUGGGUUUACAGCAUAAACUCUUAUGAGAUGAUUAACGGGCAAAAACGCUUAAUCGCUUGCAGUUACAGGCAGAAAGGAAGGUCAUAUCUUGGAGUAUUGGACAUGAAUAAGAAUGCGUUAACCGAUCUUCAGAUUCCAUUUACUGAUCUACGAAAUAUUACUUCAGGUGCAAACUGUCUCUAUGUUGAGGGCGCAUCUGCAAUUCACCCAUUGUCGAUAGCUAAGGUGACUUUAGACGAUCAAGCAUCGAAAAUUUUGGAUUUCAAGGUUAUUUGGUCUUCUUCACCGACAAGUUCAAAAUACGAGUCCUAUUUUAGCUCUCCGGAGUUUAUCGAAUUUCCAACAGGAGUUCCCGGUGAAAACGCGUAUGCAUAUUAUUAUCCACCUGCAAAUCCUAUGUAUGAAGCCAGUAAAGAAGAAAAACCACCAUUGUUAUUAGAGAGCCAUGGGGGGCCUACCGAUGAAGCACAUGGAUCCUUGAAUCUUAAUAUCCAGUUUUGGACUAGUCGCGGUUGGGCUUUUGUAGAUGUGAAUUACGGUGGAAGCUCCGGUUAUGGUCGAAAGUUUCGUGAAAGACUUUUGAAGAACUGGGGGAUAGUUGAUGUCAACGACUGUUGCAGUUGUGCUCAGUUUUUGGUGAAGAGUGGAAAGGCAGAUGGUGAACGACUGUGCAUAACCGGGUGCUCUGCUGGCGGUUAUACGACAUUGGCUGCACUUGCUUUCAAGAAUAUAUUCAAAGCUGGAGCUUCUUUGUUUGGUGUAGCUGAUCUGAAGAUGUUGAAAGAACAAAGUGUCAAGUUUGAAGCCUACUACAUUGAUAAUCUUGUUGGGAGUGAAAAUGCUUUCGUCGAACGAAACCCUAUGAAUUCUGUCAAUCAGUUUUCGUGCCCCGUUAUCCUCUUUCAAGGAUUGGAAGACAAGGUGGUAAAUCCUGAACAAGCAAGAAUAAUAUACAAAGCAUUGAAAUCAAAAGGAUUACCAGUUGCCCUUGUGGAAUAUGAAGGCGAGCAGCAUGGUUUUCGAAUGGCUGAAAAUAUUAAGUUUACACUUGAACAACAAAUGGUGUUUUUCGCGCGUUUAGUGGGACACUUCAAGGUCGCAGAUGAGUUUAAGUCUGUCAAAAUUGAUAACUUUGAUUAGAGGUUUGUGUCUGUAUGUUUUAUGAUGUUGAACUUUAAUGGAGACUUAGAAGUUUGACCCAUUUGUUGACCUUUUCGGGUUCUUUUUAAUAAUAAUCUCUACAGGAUUCAAAGCCUGAAUGUAGAAUAAUUUCGGGUUCUUUUCAAUAAUAAACCCUAGAGGAUUCAAAGCC